AUUACCAAGCAGACACACAAAGCCAGAUGUCCCUCCUUUAUAGUUUGUAACGCCCCUGACCUCUCCUCUCAUGCAUUUGCAUUUUGUCCAUUUAAACUCGAUCAUCAUCCCCAAUAGCUUCACCAAAAGCCAACCUCUCUCUCUCUCUCUCUCUCUCUCUCUCUCUCUCUCUCUCCAUAACAACCACAACCAUGGUGAUUCUAUCUCAAUCAGUAGUAGAAGAUUUCUCUCACAUCAUGACAUGCAAACCAACUAGUGGCCUUUUCACUGGAAUCCCAGAAAUAGACCUCUCAGACCCUGAUGCAAAGAUCUUAAUAGUUGAGGCUUGUCAAGAGUUUGGGUUCUUCAAGGUGGUCAACCAUGGUGUCCCUAUUGAGCUCAUCACUAGAUUAGAAGCUGAGUCUGUCAAGUUCUUCAACUUGCCUCAGUCUGAAAAGGACAAAGCUGGCCCUUCUAUCCCUUUUGGUUACGGAAACAAGAGAAUUGGCCCAAAUGGUGAUGUGGGUUGGGUUGAAUACCUCCUCUUCAGCACCAACCCUGAAUUCAUUUCCCAGAUGUCUCUCUCCAUUUUCCAGGAUAACCCAGAAAUUUUCAAGUCUGCUGUGAAUGAUUACAUCUCAAAUGUAAGAGAUAUGGUGUGUGAAGUCUUGGAAUUGAUAGCUGAUGGGUUGAAGAUUGAGCCAAGGAAUGUGUUGAGUAAGCUUUUGAGGGAUGAAAAGAGUGACUCUUGUUUCAGGCUAAACCACUAUCCACCAUGCCCAGAGCUUCAAGCAUUGAGUGGUCGAAAUUUGAUUGGGUUUGGAGAACACACAGACCCACAGAUAAUGUCUGCUGUAAGAUCUAACAACACAUCAGGACUUGAAAUCUGUCUGAAACAUGGGACAUGGGUCUCAGUCCCGCCUGAUCAGUACUCCUUUUUCAUCAAUGUCGGUGAUUCCCUGCAGGUGAUGACUAAUGGGAGGUUUAGGAGUGUGAGGCACAGAGUUUUGGCUGACAACUUGAAACCAAGGGUGUCAAUGAUUUACUUUGGAGGCCCACCCUUGAGUGAAAAGUUAACACCUUUAUGUUCACUAAUGAAAGACGGAGAAGAAAGUUUGUACAAGGAGUUCACCUGGCAUGAAUACAAGACAUCUGCUUACAAGACUAGGUUGGGUGACAAUAGGUUGGGGUUCUUUCUGCAAAAUGCAAGCCAGUGAUGUGGUCAAAAUCAAAUAUCCUAUUUGGGAAAAAUUAGGGUUUUGUCAAAUCAGAAAAGAUGUCUGAAAAGGUUGACUAAACUUGGCAUAGAUGGUAAAAGAAUAGGUUCCUUAUUUCAUCACCAACUUUCUUUUUUCUUUUUUUCUUUUCGGUUUUCUGGGCUUCGUAUGCUUGUUUUAAUUGUAACUACCCUCUACAAUUAAUGCAAGGUUAUCUUCAUCA